GGAGUCUGGCUCUUCAUGUCCGAGAUGCCUUACGGGACAGUGUCCAGCAACAUGCUUUGGAAGCUCUUCUCUAUCAUGCACUGCGACGAAAGCCAAGAUCUGGAGAAGUUUAGUUGCACCAUGAAGCUGGCUGAGUGCAAGCAGAAACUCAAAGAUCCGGCCAACCUGGAGACCUUUGAGCGCUACCUGCAAUCGAUGAACAGCUCUGAGGAGAUCUGCCUGCUGACCACGUUCGCGCAGAUGGCCCAGACCAAACGGGAGGAUGUUGACGAGGACUUCGUGAAAGUGGUGGUGCUGGAGAUCUAUGAGGUAUCUUAUGUCAGUCUUUCCACAAGAGAGACUUUUUCAAAAGUUGGCCGAGAGCUCCUGGCUGCCAUAACUGCUGUCCAUACAAACAUGAUUUCUGUCCUGCUGGAUCGAGUCAGGGAGACCAUUGAAAGUGUCGGCAUGGUUACUCUUUAUUUGUUCAAAGAACUGCCGAUGCGUCUCUGGAAACCGUCUGCUUCCGAAGUUGCCCUGAUCCGUGACUGGCUCCUGAAUUACAACUUGACAGAAGUCGAAAACAAACUCGCUUGCAUUAUCCUGGAAGAGAUGAACUGGGGCCCUGGCGACCAGCACGGUCACCUUCACGUCGGCCCAGCAGUCCACGCGGAGGUGGCGUUGAUGAUCCUAGAAGCUUAUCAGAAGCAUCUGCCCCAGAAGCCGUACAGUGGACUCCUCUCUGAGAGCUUCAAACAGGUCUCCUAUCUGGCCAGCAUUGUCCGUUAUGGGGAAACUCCAGAAAGCUCCUUCAAUCAGUGGGCCUGGGGGAUGGUUUUGAGGUUAAAGCUGCACAUGAACGAUUACGGCGUGCAGGGACACUGGGCUCCAGCACUGAUACCUGACUUGGGGGAUUCGCCCACCUUUCACCCGCUGCUGAAGGCGGUCAGAUCUAGCCUCCCAAUUGGCUGCUACCUUGCCUUGGCUAUGUCCGCUGUUGGCCACAGCAUUGAGAAGUUCUGUGCUGAAGGGAUCCCUUAUUUGGGCAUUCUGGUACAAUCGCGACAUUUGAGAACCGUCGUCCACGUCCUGGAUAAGGUGUUGCUUCUCUUCUACCCGUGCCAUUAUUACCUUCUCAAGAACGAAAAGUUUCUCUCCUUCUUCCACCAGUUCCUUCAGCUGGACAGCGGGGUUCCCCAAGGGAUGACUCAGCAAAUGACCCACAGGGUGACUCAGCAUUUGACCGGCACGAGUUACGGCAAAAACAUUACGCUGUUGAACUCCAUGAUUCAGAGCCACAUUUUUAUGAGCAGCCACCCCGGUGGAAUCGGCCCGGCUGCCGUGUUGGAAUUCUGGGUCCAGGUCUUGACCAGCCAACAGCUUUGGCACAAGGAGAGAGCCGUCCUCGAACUGAUGGACGGUUUGUGCCAAGCCGCCUUUCAGUUCAACCAAGAGGAUUGUGUGCAGAAGUUGCUCUAUCAACAACACAAGAAUGCUCUGGGCUAUCACAGCGACAAAGGGCUGCUAUCUUCCUUGGUCAGCUGGAUUGUGGCAGGCAACAUCACACCGUCCUUCAUAGAGGGAAAUGCUAAUUCCACGCAGGUUUGGUUUGCAUGGAGUGUUCUGAAUAUGGAGUCCAUAUUUGAAGAGGAUUCCCAGCUCCGUAGAGUUGUGGUGAGGGAGUUGGUUACCAAUUCCGAUUCACCGGAGCAGACUCUGAAGAAAGCUCAGGCCCAGCUCAAGCUGCCCAUCGUGCCUUCUCUGCAGCGCCUGCUGAUUUACCGAUGGGCUCACCAAGCCCUAAGCACCCCAGUGGAUCACCCUCUCCUUCCUCUUAUUUGCCAGAAAUUCUUCCUUCUCUAUUUGCAGCGCCCGGGAUUGCAGGAUGGGCUACCCAACGAUGGCUGCAUUGGGAAGAGAUUUUUCCAGAGUCCUGUUCACCUCAGCCUGUUGAAUGACCUGAAGCAGCAUCUGAUUGAGGCCAGCGACUUCCACCAUUCGGCUAGCAAAAUGCUCCAGAUGGACAGCCCAGCGGGUGGGAGCGAAAAACCAACAGCAAAAGGGUUCAGCAAGGCCAAUUAUGUGACUUUCCUGGAGCUUCACAAGGACCUUGUCAGGCUCUUUACCACAUUUGUUCUGUGGUUGGAAGAAGAAAGGUUUCAGAAAGGGGACAUGUACAUUCCCUCUUUGCCCAAGCAAUACGACGGACAUCGGCUUGCCAAGAUCAUGCAGAACCAGCAGGAUCUCUGGAUGGAAUUUGUCAACGUUCAGCAGAUUCAGUGUGAAUUCCAGGAAGCCUUAGACCUCUGGUUUCAAGUCAGAGUGGGACCCCUUCCUGCCUCCAGUGCUUCGCCAAUGCAGACAGACUUCACGGACCCUUUGUUAGCUAAGGAGAGGAUCAUCAGCAGCUUGAAGAAGCAUGAUGCCCCCCGGCCCCCGCUGUCUCUUCAGCCAAUGAAAGCUCCUGUGCCUGUCAUUUGUCCUGCUAGCUUGGUAAACCAACACGAAACCAAACAAUUGACUUGCAGUAACCUCAGGACCUUUCAGCAGCAUGCGAAACUGGCAGCACUUCGGGAAUCCCAGCAAGUGGCUUUCAGUAGCGAGAUCCUGGACACUCUGCCAAAAUUGUACACCAACCGAGAAGAACAGGUUACUCUUCACCUGGAAUGUCGGGGUGGAUCGGGUAAAAGUUGCCACGGAGCAGCUCAUGUAACAAUCCAGUUUGAGGGAAAACACCAAAAUGAAGCCGUCAACCAGCAAUUGCACAUUUUGGAGAAAGAAAUGAAGCACCUGCAGGCAGAAGCUGCUCAGAUGCCUCCUCUGAAUGUUGUAGGAGCCGCCGUCUACGUGGAGAACUUCAUAACAGGUUUAAUCAAUAUCUACAAGCUCCAGCCUACACCAAGGAUUCAACGGAUUGGCAUCAGUCUGUUCUUCGCGGUAGUGGAAUACGUGUGCGACGAAACGCAGCGCCAUCCCCCAUCGAGGCAAUUCUUCACUUCCUGCAUCGAGGUCCUUGGCCAAGUGUUCAUCGCAGGGACCAAGUCUGAAUGUCAGCGGGUUUUACAAACCAUUCUGAAGAACCGAAGACUUUGCACGCUGCUCUCCCCUUACUUCACUCCUGUUGCCUCCCCGGAGGAAUUUGUCAGCUUGUACGAGAAAGUUGUGGCUUUCCUGGGUGACGACAACAGCGAUGUCAUUUUCAUGCUUCUGACCAAGUUUGACCUCCCGGAAUGGUUGCAGAGUUCAAAACCCGCCCUGUCGGAGCGUGGCCAGCUCUUGGAGUCCAUCCACGUGGGUCUCAAGACUUGUGGCUUUGAGCCCGAGAAGGACAUCUUAAUGCCUUUUUCCAUCUUCUGCAAACACGGGGUUUGCCUUCUCCAGUACCAGUUUCCUGACCACUACAGUAGUUUUUUGAGGCUCCUUCUUCAAAGUUCUUCCGAUCAGCUCCUGAGCCCUGACUGUUGGAAAGCAUCUCUUAAAGCUUUGGGCUGCCCGACAUCCACUGUAGCAAAAGAAAACGGUAGGAAGCAGGUGGCUAACCUGAGCACCCCAAUGCAGCCUCCAGUGGAGCCAAUUUUAUCACCUGAACAGGUCAUGGAGACCAUCGAGUGGAUCUCCGACUACUUCCUCAAACUGCGGUUGUCUUCUCAAGACUACCGAAGUUUUGGAUUAUUUUCCAAGUGGGCCCCAUACCUCGCUCAUGUCCGACGUCUCAUGCAGUAUCUGAUCCACCGUCUGAUUGACUCCAGAAUGGACAGUUUAUCGCGGGAGCCUGUGGGCAGCAACAGGGUGUUUGAAGCUUUGCAUUAUCUGUUUUUAACUACCAUUCAACUCUUCAAGCCAUGGCUGGAGGUUUUAGAGGGGGAAGAGACAAGCAAACAGCGCUGCUAUCCAUGGCUGGAAAGUGAUGCCUCCAUUGCAUCAACUAUGGUGGAAUUGUUUGCAUCCAGCAUAGCCGUUUUACACAAAGGUUUUAAAGAUAAGGUGCUGCCAAGCGACCCUGGAAUCCUUUGGCUUCUUGUGAUGCACUAUUGCGAGUCGUACACGGCGCCCAAAAUGCCGGAGCACCUCCUUCACCUAUUCCACGUGGAAUUGGGCCGCCUCCCCUGGAAGGAAGUUCAUCCGGAUCAGCGCCUGAUGGAGGAGUUCUUUAAGGUAGAAAGAGGCAGCCCCAAGAGCUGUUUCCUCUUCCUGGGCUCAGUGCUGUGUGAGGUGAAUUGGGUCAGUGUCCUCGCUGGCGCCUGGGAUCCCACUCCGCCCCCGGACACCCACAGCCUGAUCGUGUGCCUGCUUUAUAUGGUGAUCCUGCUGGCCAAAGAGGAAGAGCUGAUCACCAAAGAGCAAUCUCCGCUGCUCAACGUCCUGGGCCAGACCAGCUCCCUUCCCUGGCAUCACAUCAACAUUGUGUCCUAUCGGAGCAUCCUGGGUUACUUCAAUAGCCACUACCCUCCCUCCAUCCUUCUGGCCAAGGAACCGGCGGCUGAACUAGUGGUGAAACUCUUGAAGGUGUCUGCCGGCUUCAGCACCGCUUUGGACAGCAGCGGGCAUGGCGAUGCCAGCCUCAAAUGCCAAGCCUUCAUUCGCCAGGUUGUCCGCUUCCUGGGUCUUCUGGAACAGAAUGGGGCGAUUUCUCCAGCAGCCCUGGAGCAGGAAUUCUCAAAACUGCUCGAUGAUAUCGCCAUCUUUAAUCCCCCAGACGCCGAUGUCCAGGUUCGCAAUGUGUCCUUAACCAGCCUCUUUGCCGAAGCCCUGAUGGUGAUCAACAACGCCAGUGCCGCCUCAGCAGAAUCCCUCCUGGUUUGCCUCUGCCGCUGGAUUGAGGGCACAAUGCGUGGCCUAGGGGUGAUGCCCCUCUUGAGAUCCUCUUGUCAGAGUUUGGCCUCCGUCCGACACCUGGCCAUGACGAUGGAGGCUUGUGUCACCGCCUACUUUAACGAAGACUCUCCUCUCAACCAAGAUUUGGGCUGGGCACCAAUCGUGGCCUCCUUGCAGGUUCCAGAACUCGCAGCCGAAGACUUCCUUCAAGAGUCCCUUUCGUUGGGAGGCUACCUCACCCUUUAUAUUUACACCCUGCAGCAGCUGAACGCUGAGCGGACACACACCAACGAAACGAGAGUGCUCUUUACGCUAAGCAAGUGGUUGGAACAGGUGUAUCCCAGCUCUGCCAAGGAUGAAGCCAAGUUGUUUCUUUGGUGGCACAAAGUUCUGCAGCUCUGCCUCCUCCAAACCGAACAGGAAGACCCCAUCUUGUUGGAGUCGGUCAUCCGGGUCUUGACAUCUCUGCAAGGCCGGCAGAGUCUGCUGGCCGAAGAGAGGCUCAGCUCGGGACUCCUCGGCGCUAUCGGGCUGGGCAAGAGGUCUCCGUUAUCCAACAGGUAA